GGACUAACAAUUCCAGAUACACAUAAAAAAGUGUUCUUUCUUCUUGCUCUUUUCCGAGAAGUCACUAUGAUGCAUGUUUACGACGUCAAAAAACGGAGAUUUAAAGCAGAAGCUAUUCAGAAACUCCUGGAUGCAUUGGAAGACGCAAGCUGUCUUCAAAACGAGAAACCCGUAGUUGCAAAACUAGCAUGUAACACCCUUUGGGCAAAAGAAUCUGCGAUGUGUAUCAAGGAGGGCACCUCUGUUGCAGACCAGGACAUUGUUUCCCUACUUUAUCAUGUUUUCUUUUCAAUCACGAAAGGAUCGUGUGAAGGAACUCUGUUGGAGCCAUUCGUAACAAUUAUCGAAAAGGCCAAUACCUUACAGAAAUGUUUCCUUCCCACCAUGGAUGCAGUGGAUUUGGAUGAAAUUCGUGCAGCUCUUGCAAAUAAAACAGAUUAUGGGAACUUUCCAAUUUUUAAAUGCCCAAAUGGACAUGUUUAUCUUGUUGGAAAUUGUGGAAAUCCAGUUUUUGGUCAGACAACUUGUCCCGAAUGUGGUGCAAAGAUUGGAGGGAAGCCUACAACGAAUUGGAAGAAGGCAAUGUAAAAAUUGAUGUACAAGAAUUUGACGAACAAUAUAUGGGACAUAUUUUUGGACGAGCUGAAUCAAGAGAAGAUGUACCUACAGCUCAGCGUGAGCUAUCGUCUGUGAACUGUUCUAUUCUUCGAUUUAUUUUGCAUUCAUCUCUCUACAUAGCAUCAAGUCAUACUCCAGAGGCUGUUAAUGCUAUCAUUAAACCAAGGAUAGAAGUAACUGCCGUUCUUCCCUUUAUAAUGGACCACAUCAAAAAAGACUUGACGAAAAUAAAAAGCUACUGGAAGUAGCGAAGAUGAUGUGUACCUUCUGUUGCACAGAAUAUGUACAAGUUUUACAGAAAAGCA